CAAGCAGUCUCCGAUUUGCCAAGACUAUAAACAAAUUGCCGUGCAGGAUGUUACAAAUUUUUCUCAUUCAAUUUUCUAAUUUCUCAUUACAAGACAAGUCAAUUCUUCCAUGUCUGCAUCUCAGGAACUUGCUCGGAACCUUCACUUUUCUCUAUCUAGGAGCUUUCCUAUUGAAUACGUCAACUGCCACCGUCAUGCAAGGCUUAUAAAAUCUUUCCCCAGAUCCUAUAUCGCACUUUGAAACCACCAAUCCAAGUUUCGAAGCUCAGGAGGUUUCCUCUCCUUCAAUCCAAGCUCAGAAAACCCCAACCAAGCUUCCAAGCUCAGAAAGUUUCGUCUCCUUCGUCAAUACCUUCCUCCCUCCUUCCAAUAAGGUAACCACAGUGUGAUUGAGAAACCUUCUCUCUCUAUCACCCUCUUCUGCGACCCAAAUCUCUUAAGGGGCUUGCACGAGGGCGAAUAAUAUUUGUCAGUUCUCACCAUGUUGUACCCUCUAAUAUGCGGCUAUGAAGCCCCAUUACCAACAAAACACAAAGGCAAACAGUAGGUGUACUUCCCUGAUAAGUUGAUCACCUACUAUUCCUCUGAAUGGCAGGUUCACCAAAUCACUCAGGUCAAAUUCCACCAAACUCUGUUAAUCCUCGCACCAUCUCACCCUCGUUUGCCAGAUUCAUUAGAUUUAAUCACUGUCCAAGUUCAGAAGGGCACCUCUCUUUAGAACAAUCCUCACUUCAUAGAUUCACCAGCUCCAUAGCUCCUGCUCGCUUCUUGUGCUUGUGAGCUUGUAGCCGUAGAAACUCUGAUCAAAGGAAAUAUUGGUUAUCGAUUUCUACGUUCAAACAUGAAGCCAGAAGCAGUAACCUGCAGCUCCGCAGCACCUCAAAAGAAAGAGCGGUCCUUUUUCAGUUGGCUGAGCUGCAUUCUGUCGCCACCCAAGAAGGAGAAGCCCGAAAAGGCCAAGCCCAUUGGGCCCCCAAAGGCAUCCAGGUUGCUGUUGGCUGGGCUGAGUACCCCGGAGUUCGAGCGGGUCUUCUGCUUCUUCGACGAGAACGGUGACGGCAAGAUCUCGCCGGUGGAGCUCCAGAGCUGCAUGCGGACGAUCGGCGAAGAGGUAUCACUGGAGGAUGCGGCAGCCCUUGUGGAGUCCAGUGACUCAGAUGGUGAUGGGCUGUUGGGCUUCGACGACUUCAUUAAGAUGGUGGGCCCUGAAGGGGAGGAGGAGAAAGGGAGAAGUUUGAGGGAGGCUUUCCGGGUGUACCAGAUGGACGGUCAGGAGUGCAUUACACCCACCAGCCUCAAGAGGGCACUUGGCAAGCUUGGGGAGUCCAAAACAAUCGAGGAGUGCACGGUCAUGAUUCGUCGGUUUGAUAUCAAUGGGGAUGGUGUGAUCAGCUUUGAUGAGUUCACGAUCAUGAUGCUAUGACUGGACCAACAUGAUCGGAUUGGGAGGCACCUUUUGGUUUGCCAGUUCAUGCAUGCCAUGCGAUCCGUGGAUCUUCGAUGUAAUACAUGGUGACAUCGGUCAUGGAUAUUAGUCUAUGAGAAGCAAUCCUUCUUAUUCCUUUCUCAACAAUCACUUCUCCUGGAAGUAGACUAGUGCAACCCUCUACAAGUGGGCAUGAAAUUCGAAAAACUUUCUUGGAUCUGCAUAAUGCUGGCUUGGCAAUUUAGUAACUCAAAACGCCAUCUUAUGUGGUCGUACGUACCAAUCCUCUCUUGCCAUGUUGCUCGAAGCAAAUUAUGGUGUCCACAAAACAGGUAUACCUAGCAUUACUCCUCAAAGAAGCCGCACAUUGAGACAUAUAGAGCUGUGUAAUUUUUUGAGGGUUUUUUUUUAAUUUAUUAGUAUCUGAGGGAUUUCUUUGAUACUAUAAGCAUUUCUUUUGUA